CCUGUGAAAGCGUCAGAUCCGACUUGUUUGUCUGAAACUCACGCUGCUCACGUCGCCUACGGUUUAACAACACCUGGCGUGUUAUACUUAUCAGACAAUCCUCAGGGAAGUGAUGAAAUACUCAUAGUAUGCAGUUUAGUAGAAGUCACGACGGUUAAUGUUUUAUAUUUGGAGUCGUCUUUGUUUUAUGACUUCCGGAAAACCAGCACAGGUAUUUCAAGGGCACUCGGUUGUCCAGGUUACAGUCGGAAUCUCCUGUCAGCUGAUUGAUGAAUGAUUUAUGGCUUCUACUUUCUCGUGUGUCUCAUCUACCUGCAACGUGUAGGUCAGACCGCCAUUUCAGAAGAAACUUGGGUGUAGAUGAAGCAGCUAGCAGAUUGUUCUCUCUCUCUCUGGAUUGGAAAUAUUUGGUUGCUUCUCAUCUGAUGCAGCUGAUGUAGAGUUUGUGAGCUGUGAAAGAGGCGUAGGCUCUCCAGCCUAGCUCAACUUCUCCAGGCCAUGACGGAGUCUAAGACGUCUUCACUGCCGACCGGUGUAACGUGGGCGCGGGUGUGUAAGGAAUGUGGACAGUGCCAUGAUGGCCAAGACAGUCAUCUGUUUGAAUAUCAGGAUGAGGUGGAUGAUGAGCUGGUCUGCCACAUCUGCCUACAACCUCUGUUGCAGCCUAUGGACACACCGUGCGGCCACACUUAUUGCUUCCAGUGCCUCAGCAAUUUCCUGCACGACCAGGACUUCUGUCCUGUCGACCGCCAAAGGAUUCAGCUACAACAAUGCAGAGCCUCCAGCCUGCUGGUACGCAAUCUGCUGGACAAACUGGCCGUGCUGUGCCCGUUUCGCAGUGAGUGCGAGCUGAGCAUGCAACGUUGUGAGUUGCAACCUCAUCUGCACAACAGAUGCCCUGCGUUCAAGCGACUCAGGGAGGAGGCGGAGAGAAAAAAGAGACCCUCCUGGAAUGAGUUAAAGGGAAGUAAAUCAGAUGGAGAUUUAGCUGAUGCCAAAUCUGCCCAAACAAUCGGACGCACAGCUCAGCUCAGCGCACCCUCAGAACCUGGACUGGUCAACCCCGCCUUCGAGGAGGGCGAAGAUGACACCCCUCUGAGGUGCAGUCUUGUGGCUGAGGCGACUGUGGUGGAGCUGUUUCGUGAAGAUCCAGGCGAGGAUUUGGGAUUGCGUAUAGUGGGAGGAAAAGACACGCCCUUGGGCAACAUCGUCAUUCAGGAGAUCGUGCGUGACUCACUGGUGGCCCGAGAUGGCAAACUGGCACCUGGAGAUCAUAUCCUGGAGGUGAAUGAUGUCAGUCUGGCAUCUAUCUCUCACAGUCGUGCCAUUGCUGUGAUUCGGCAGCCGUGUUCCCGCCUCAGGCUCACUGUCAUGCAGGAGAAGGGCUUCAAACCCCGGCCCGAACAUCACACUCAGCCCUCAGCUUCACCUCCAACACAGUCACCCAGUACCAACCAGAACCACGGUACUGUCAUCCAGGUCACCCUGGUGAAGCAUGAGCGUUCAGAGGCGCUUGGCAUCAAACUCAUCCGCAAGUCUGAGGAGCCAGGAGUUUUCAUCCUGGACCUUCUCCCUGGAGGACUGGCGGCCAAAGAUGGCAAAUUGAGGAACAACGAUAAAGUGCUGGGCAUUAAUGGACAGGACCUGCGACAUGGCACCCCAGAGAGUGCAGCUCAGAUCAUACAGGCAAGUGAAAUGCGUGUGAACUUUGUAGUGAUGAGGCUUCAAGAUGUCUCCGAGGAGGGUGGUGAGGGACAGAGCAGAGGGGCCCGGAGAGUCCCCGAACCACAGUAUUUCAGACGCCACUCUGAAUACAUGAAGGAGCCUCCAGGCGGAUUCUCCAGUCAAGAGAAGACUGUGACCCUAAAGAAGGAGCCUCGGCAGUCUCUAGGCAUCACCAUUGCAGGUGGCAGAGACUGUCGCAGCCGUUUGCCUGUCUACAUCACUAGUGUUCAGCCUGUGGGCUGCCUGCACAGAGACGGCACCGUCAAAACAGGUGAUGUUCUUUUGAGUAUAAAUGGUAUUGACCUGACCCAUCUGACCUACAACGAGGCAGUGACUGUCCUGAAGACCCAGACUGCUCAAAGCACAGUAACGCUGCGAGUCAUCCAGACGUUUGCUGAUGACGAAGAACAGGAUGGAGAAUCUGGCAGUAGAGAAGACAUGGACACAAUGGAGGGCCCCAAAGAUGAUGACAUCAACUGGGUUCCUCUCUGGACCCGCUGGCUCGGGCUGCCCAGUUGCAUCCACUGGUGUCGAGAUAUAAUGCUGAUGAAGACCAACAGUGAGAGCUGGGGCUUCAGUAUUGUGGGAGGAUAUGAGGAGAGUCGUGGCCAACAGCCCUUCUUCAUCAAGACCAUUGUGCCUGGAACACCAGCUUACUUUGACGGACGCCUCAAGUGUGGUGAUGAGAUUGUGGCAGUGAAUGGAGUCACUACAGUGGGCAUGAAUAACUCCUCCUUGAUACCCAUGCUGAAACUGCAGAAGAACAAAGUCACUCUGACCGUGGUCUCCUGGCCUGGCAGUCUGGUUUAAAACUCAACCAUAACAAGCAUUUAAAGCUGCAGCACAAGUCUAAUACUGGAGCAUUGAGUGCUCUUGUGGAAAAAGGUGGCACAUCGACACUGAUUUUAUAUUAUUUAAUCCACUGUAGUUCACAGUUCUUCACAAGUGUGUAAUGCUCUUUGCUAGGCACCGAUAGUGUAAGAAGUGCAUAUAAGGACACUGAACAAGCUUUCAAAAGACAUUUUAAACUAGAUAUUUACCAUGCAAGAGGCAUAUUUUAGUACAGAACGUCUCGUUUUCAUUGAUGAUCUUUUAGAAGGUUUGUGAUCGACAUGAAUAGGUCAGUAGUGAGGUCAUCAUUAUUUUGACACUACCUAGAGUUGCACACGUUCUCAUGUUGGUGAGCAUUUUCACUCUGCAAUAUGUUCUGAGAAUGGUUACGCUAGCGUGAAGCUCAGUAGUUGCUGUUGGGGUGAUAAAGUUAGACGUUUUCUAAAUCCACAGCUUUGCUUGUUCGACACAUUUUUAAGAAUGUAUCUCUUGGGUGCCUUGGAUAUAAAUAUGUACAAACGCGGUGAUCCACACCUGCCUUAAUUGCCUGUACACCAAAAAUGCCAUUCAUUCUCUUUGGCCUUUUAUCAUCUGUAGAGCGGUUGUUUGAAUGCUUUUAGUUUUUUUUUUUCUUUCGUAUACAUGUAUGUUUGACCCUUUCACUUUUAGCCAGAUGUCAAGUCUCGAAAGGGUUACUAUGAUGACAGAAUUAAAGAUUUAGAUUUAUUUUAUUAUG